AUGUCAUUUGUAGCUAAUGUGUUAGUUAUUCAUGAACCAACUUUUUAUUAUCUCGCUAAGAGAGAUGAAAAGUGGGUUAAAGCCACAAAUAAAGAACUUAUAGCAGUGGAAGCCAAUGGCACAUGGAUUCUAGCUUGUUUACCUGUAAGGAAGAAAGCAACAAAUUCAAAAUGGGCAUAUAGGGUGAAAUGCAAUCCAAAUGGGACAAUAGAAAGGGAGGAAACAAAGGCGAAAAAACAAGUUGAUUUCUUAGAAGUUCAUCAAAAAGCAUUAGAUGACUUGGUGAACGUUAAUUCUCUCUUUACAAUAGCCGUGUUUGUGGGCUUGUCCUUUGCCUCUCCAGGCCAACACAGCCUUGAAAACCGACCUGAGUGUGAUGCAGACCCAGGGGUGGCUAAGAGGCUUAUCCUUUAUGAAGUUAUAUCAUUUGCUUUCUUCCUCCUGUCAAGCUUGGUAGCUAAGACACUCAAGGUUUUUCUCAAUAUUUACCCAGAUGAAGCAAUGGUAGGGAUUCAUAAGCUGUUGAAAGGCAUUAUGCUUUACUUGUCAGCAAUCGGAUCUAUUAUUGGUAUUGUGUUUUUGUCACUUUCCAUGGCUAACGUCAUCCAGAUAAGGGUUGGCAAGCUUUCUUGUGGGAGCCGAUAUGCUUUAAGUGCAGUUGGAUCACUGUGUGGAAUUGUGCUUCUUGCUCUCUUCAUUUAUGUACCAUUAAUGUUGUUUGCUAUAUGGAGAUCUCUCGCACGAAAACCUGAACCCCGACCUCGAGUAUAAUGUUUAAAAUAGAUGUCUGUCUGCACUCUGCACAAGUGUUCGUUUCUAUGCAAGUGAAGGGUGCAAUAAUUCGUUGUUCUUGAGAUUUAAUCUGGUGAUUUGGUCAUUUUUGUUGUUUGCUUUACUGUUAGUGUAGCAGGCUUCCUAUUCGCUCCUUGGGUUUUGCUGGUGUGUUCUUUUGCUGUUUUUGUUUCUUUGUUGCUGUACCUCUCCUGUUAGGGCCUCUCUUAGCAUGCUUCUUUCUUGGCAUAAAGUCUUGACAGCUCAUGCCAAGUGGUUCUUAACUUAUCAUUAAU